CGACAUUUAUGCCAACACUCCAACAGUCUUUUUAACAGCACUCCUAAACUGUGACAAAUACUAUCCCAUCCCACCCCUGACAAACCCCUCUCGACAUCCCCCACCAUGGCCUCCCAAAAACUCACCUCCGCAUUAUCGGAGAUCGAAGCCUCGACCAACACGCCCACCAAGCUCCAACAAUACACCAACCUACUCACCGAGCUCGUCAACACAACCCCACCCGCCCAACUGCCCCAAGACCUCAUCGCCUACCUGGACUCGAUCCUCAGCGAAAGCCUCAGCAUCGUAGCCGCCCGGCCCCUCCUCGACCUCUUCGUCACCCUCCUCCGGCCGCUCCCGUCGGAGACCAAAAUCACCGUCGGCCAACACGCCGUGACGCUGCUGCAGUCGCGCUCGACCUCCGUCGAGGAGCAAGACGCCUCGAUCCGGGAGAUCCUGGCGGACGCGUACGAGGCGGAAGAAGACUACAUCGCGGCGGCGCGGGCGCUGCAGGGGAUCCACAUCGAUAGCUCGCAGCGGCAGGUGACGGACCUGUCGAAGGUGCGGCUGUGGAUCCGGAUCGUGCGGCUGUACCUGGAGGAGGACGACACGACGAGCGCGGAGGCCGUCCUCAACCGGAUCAAGAACCUGCCGACCAAGAUCGCGGACCCGGAGCUGAAACUGCACUUCAAGCUGGCGCAGGCGCGCAUCUUCGACGCCCGCCGGCGGUUCCUCGACGCCAGCCAGGAGUACUUCGGCGUGAGUCUGGCGGCCGGCCUCGUGGACGAGUCGGACCGGCUGCACGCGCUGGCGGCCGCCAUCCGCUGCGCGGUGCUGGCGCCCGCGGGGCCCCAGCGCGCCCGCCUGCUGGGCACCCUGUACAAGGACGAGCGCGCCACCUCGGUCGACGAGUUCGCCAUCCUCGAGAAGAUGUUCCUCGAUCGCUUGCUCGUGCCCGCCGAGGUCGCCGCCUUCGCCCUGCGCUUGGCCCCCCACCAGCUGGCCGUCACCGCCGAUGGCUCCACCGUGCUGGAUAAGGCCGUCGUCGAGCACAACCUUGUUGCGGCGAGUAAGCUCUACGAGAACAUCACCACGGAUGCGUUGGCCGUGAUCCUGGGGCUGCAGGGGAGCGGCGAGUUCACGGCGGGCGAGAAGGCCGAGGCGUAUGCGGCGCGCAUGGUCGAGCAGGGUCGCUUGAAGGGGACUAUCGAUCAGAUCGACGGGGUCAUUCACUUCGAGGCCGCGGCCGGGUCGUCGUCGGUCGCCUUCGGGAGGCACAUUCGGCAGUGGGAUGCGGGCGUGCAGAGUCUGGCGGAGGAUGUCGAGCGCGUGGCUACGAGUAUUACGGAGGCGUUUCCGGAGUUUGCCGCUGAGCAGGCGGCGGUGCAUUGA